AUGCUUUGCUUGCGGAAUGAAGAAUCACAGAGAGAUAUCGCGAGAGAAGAAGUGAAAAGGAAAGAACGGCUCUCCUUCUCUUCUUCCAUUUCCAUCUUCUGUGCCGCAGUUGAUCUCGCUUUCUUACAUUCUUUCUUUUGCUUCUCAUUCCGUCAAGAUGUUUAUUGAGAGUUUCAAGGUUGAGAGCCCUAACGUUAAGUAUACAGAGAAUGAAAUUCACUCUGUUUACAACUACGAGACCACCGAGCUUGUCCACGAGAACAGGAACGGUACCUAUCAAUGGGUCGUCAAGCCUAAGACCGUUCAAUACGAGUUCAAGACUGACACCCACGUUCCUAAACUAGGAGUUAUGCUUGUGGGUUGGGGAGGAAACAACGGCUCAACCCUUACCGGUGGUGUAAUCGCGAAUCGGGAAGGAAUCUCCUGGGCUACCAAGGAUAAAGUACAGCAAGCCAACUAUUUUGGUUCACUGACCCAGGCCUCAACCAUCCGAGUCGGUUCUUUCAAUGGGGAAGAAAUUUACGCUCCUUUCAAGAGCUUGCUCCCAAUGGUGAACCCAGAUGAGAUCGUGUUUGGGGGUUGGGACAUUAGCGACAUGAACUUGGCAGACGCCAUGGCCAGGGCUAAGGUGUUGGACAUCGACCUGCAAAAACAACUGAGGCCCUACAUGGAGUCCAUGGUCCCUCUUCCAGGGAUAUACGACCCUGAUUUCAUCGCAGCCAAUCAGGGGGCCCGCGCUAACAACGUCAUUAAAGGGACCAAGAAAGAGCAAAUUGAACAAGUGAGGAAGGACAUCAGGGAAUUCAAGGAGGUUAAUAAGGUAGAUAAGGUGGUGGUUCUGUGGACUGCUAACACGGAGAGAUAUAGUGAUGUAAUUGUGGGGCUAAACGACACCAUGGAGAACCUCUUGUUUUCGUUGGAGAAGAACGAGGCAGAGAUUUCUCCUUCCACCUUAUAUGCCAUUGCUUGUGUGUUCGAAAACGUCCCCUUCAUCAAUGGAAGCCCUCAGAACACAUUCGUCCCUGGGCUGAUUGAUCUGGCAAUUAGGAGGAACUGUUUGAUUGGUGGGGAUGAUUUCAAGAGUGGUCAGACCAAGAUGAAAUCCGUCUUGGUUGAUUUCCUUGUUGGGGCUGGAAUCAAGCCAACAUCCAUAGUGAGCUAUAACCAUUUGGGGAACAACGACGGCAUGAAUCUCUCAGCGCCACAGACAUUCCGGUCAAAGGAGAUAUCGAAGAGCAACGUUGUGGACGACAUGGUGUCCAGUAACGGUAUCCUCUACCAGCCCGGAGAGCACCCUGACCAUGUCAUCGUCAUCAAGUACGUGCCAUAUGUGGGAGACAGCAAGAGGGCAAUGGACGAGUACACGUCGGAGAUAUUCAUGGGCGGGCGGAGCACAAUCGUCCUGCACAACACCUGUGAGGAUUCACUGUUGGCUGCUCCCAUCAUCUUAGACUUGGUCCUUUUGGCAGAGCUCAGCACAAGGAUCCAACUCAAAGCUGAAGGAGAGGGCAAGUUUCACUCUUUCCACCCUGUGGCUACUAUUCUCAGCUACCUCACCAAAGCCCCACUUGUUCCACCAGGGACGCCCGUGGUGAACGCUCUGUCAAAGCAGAGGGCAAUGCUUGAGAACAUAUUGAGGGCCUGUAUCGGUCUGGCUCCUGAGAACAACAUGAUUUUGGAAUACAAGUGAAGCAAUUUAAAUUCAAUAAACUGUGGCUUCUUCAUUUCUUUCUUUUUCGUCCCCGAUUUUUUAUUUAGAGGUUCUAAGGAUUUAGAUAGAUUAUGCGAGGUCUGUGUGAAAACUGAAAACUUUGGGAGUGGUCCUUGCCUGCCGGUCCAUUUAUAUGUUUCUUUCUUUCUUCUUUAAUUUCCAGCCACAAAUCGGUAUCACAUGAUGAUGGCUUGGAUUGUUGGGUGGGUGUUGAUGUCAUAGGGAAGGAGGGGGGAGGGCAACAUUUAAGGACUUGUGCAGGUCUGUUGUAACGUUUUCACAUGUAAUUGGUGGCAUUAUGUAAAAGGAAUAUUCUAGUCUUUGCCUGCACUACUUCAAUUC